AUGACUGGACCGGGUGUUGAGGAUAAGAACUGCUGGAGUGUGAAUUAUGUCAGGAGGAGGAUCUGUGCUCUGCGAGGCUCUUCAGUGAACAUUUCAAGUAAUUACUCGUAUCCUAACAACCAGAGGCCCAAGUCUAAAUUAUGGUAUAAAAUAACGGCAGGUGGUGAGGAGGAAGUUGAAAAGGUGAUUGAGCUUGCAGGUCGUGUAGAGUAUCAUGACAGAGUGAAGAACCAACAUAUCCUGAGAAUCAAACAGCUGAAGAAGAACGACUCUGCAGAAUACACAUUCAGAUUGGAACAACAUCAUGGAGGACGGAAACAGCUGGAUUUUCCUGGAGUGACUUUGGUUGUCACAGGCCUGAGAGUGAAGUUGCACCGUGAUGUGGUGGGAGAGGGCCAAAGAGUCACACUGACCUGCAUGACCAGUUGUCCUCUGACUGACAACACAACCUACAUUUGGUAUUUGAACGAACAACCUGUGAACCUGUCACACAACAAAAGCAAACAACUGGUACUAGACUCAGUCAGCAGUCAUCAUGCAGGAAACUACUCCUGUGCUGUGACAUCUCAUACGAACUUCAACUCCAGUGAAGGGACUCUUACUGUUAAAAGUAAAUGCACAUCAGCUGCAGCUGCAGGAGCUGUUGUUGCUCUCCUAGUUAUAACACCUCUUUUUGUCUUCUUGUGGAUUAGGAGAAAAAGAAGGACUUCAGGUACCGAAGCAACAGUCAACAUGGAGCAGUUAAACCCUGGUCCUGUGAAUGAAAACAUCUCAGCCCAACCAACACAGCAGGAUGAUCUUCACUGUAGCAGAGUCGACUUCUCUAAGACCCAGACACAUCCUCUCUACGCCAACGUCCAGCCACACCAGCCUAAAGAACAGGACGAUGUUGCUUGUGCUGUUGUCAACUUUAGACCCAACAGGACCCCAAAGUGAUCAAUGAUUACAACUGAUUCAAGAUCCACUUAGUGACCUUGCUCAUCUUGAACAGUACUAUU